AUGAGCACUUGCCUCAAGUGUACCAUUUGCCUGGCAACAGUUACUUUCAUUUUGUUUGGCACUGUUGGCUCGGCUUGCUUGAAACCGUGCCCUUUCAACUGGCUCGCGUUUGACGGGCAUUGCUACCGGCUGGUCACUAUUGAACUGACCUGGCCUGAGGCCGAGACCUACUGCCAACGCCUAGCCAACUUGCGGCUCGGAGGGUCGCAUCUCGCCUCCAUCCACAGCGAGCAAGAGCAGGCCUUCAUCGUUGGUUUGGUGCAGGCUUCGGAGCGGAUCGAACCGGCUACAGCUUACUGGCUGGGCUUCAAUGACAUAGCCAGCGAAGGAAGUUUCGUAUGGAACGAUGGCACCACAGGCACUUACACCAACUGGAGCAGCCAGCAGCCGGAUAACGUCGGUGGCAGUGGCAAUGUGGAUUGUGCCGUACUUGCCAAGUAUUACCAAUGGCUAUGGGAUGACAGAGGUUGCUACGCGCCGAGUUUCUUUCUUUGUAAAGGCAAGCAACCUUAA